ACGAAGUAAAACAUCGAAAUUUUCUUCCGAUAAUGCUUUCUCGAUUGGCUCUGCAAUCGUUUCACUCACUGCAACGAUGGUAUUCUACAAGGGCUACAAUUUUCGGCUUGUCUUCAGGUGCCGGAAAGUGUGGUGUAGCAGUAAUUCGAGUGUCAGGUGAUACCAGCAAAGAUGUUAUGAAAUGCAAAACACAAAUUGAAACUCUUCCCAAGCCGAGAAAUGCAGUGCUUCGUCGGAUAUUUCAUGCCAAAAAGGCGGAGAUGAUCGACAAGGGACUGGUGCUUUGGUUUCCUGGUCCCCACAGCUUCACUGGAGAAGACUCGGUCGAGUUUCACGUUCAUGGAGGUGUUGCGGUCGUUAGCGCAAUGUAUGACAGUCUAGGAUCGAUUGAAGGCGUUCGAUUGGCCGAACCUGGUGAAUUUACAAAGCGAGCAUUCUACGCAGGCAAAAUGGAUCUAACAGAGGUGGAAGGUCUGGCCGAUCUCAUCGAAGCCGAAACCGAAGCUCAAAGAAAGCAAGCAUUGCUCCAGGCCAACGGUGAGCUAUCCAAAGUUUACAAUCAGCUACGAGGCAGACUGUUAAAGUGUAUUGCUAGUGUCGAAGCUUAUAUUGAUUUCGCCGAAGAUCAGGAUGUGGAUGAUGGUGUGCUGGAUUCCGUGAAAUCUGAUGUCUCCGGGAUUAUUUCUGAUGUUAAAACUCAUCUAAACGAUCACAGGCGUGGAGAAAGGCUACGGGCGGGAGUUAGAACAGUGAUCAUCGGAGCUCCCAACGUCGGGAAAAGUAGUUUUGUCAAUCUGCUCAGCAAUAGAAAAGUAUCCAUCGUUACAAAUGUUGCGGGAACCACAAGGGAUAUCAUCGAAAGCCACCAUGACAUUGGAGGGUAUCCGGUGAUACUUGCUGAUACUGCUGGCUUACGAACAGAUACGAGUGACAUUGUGGAACAUGAAGGAAUCACCAGAGCCAGAGACUACCUUCAGUCAGCUGAUUUCAUAAUACUCAUCAUAGACGCAGAGAAUAUGCAAAAUUACCUAACUGCUUCCAGAAAGACCUUUGAUGAGUAUCUCCAUCACCAUCUUGCCACGCUAGGUUUCAGUAAAAGCAUUUUGAACAAUUCUAAUUCAAUGUUGAUUGUCAACAAGAUUGACUUACUCUCAACCGACACAUUGACAUCCCUCCGUCAUAUAAAUAAUCUUAGUCUUCUAUCCUGUCAUACGAGAGAUGGCCUUCAGCCUGUUCUGAAUCAAAUAGCUAAUUACUUGAAGCAUAUCUGCGGGAAUCCGUGCAAGGAAAAUCCCAACUUAAGUCAGCAGAGGUAUCGCCAUCAUUUGAAGCAGUGCGUUGAAUAUUUGGAAAAGUACGAAGAAUACCUGAGGCAUGGGCCAAAUCCAGAUCUAGCAAUAGCAACGCAAUAUCUUCGGAAUGCGGUUAGGUGUAUUGGCAAAAUAACCGGGACUAUUGAAACGGAAGAAAUUCUUGACUUUAUAUUCAGUAGUUUUUGUAUUGGAAAAUAAACAAUUGUGCAACA